AAACACUGUAUCUAUCUGUAGCAUUUUAGCGCGAGUGAUGGUCAAUGUGGUUAAAAGAUUUUAUUUCUACAAGAUCAUUUAUCAUAAUCCUGAUAGUAAACACGAAGACUAAAUUUGUAAAAGAUGAAAACCAAGUUGUUAACUGAUAUGUGUCAAACUCGGUCAAAGCUGACCUCUGCUGGUCAACAUGAGUACAACACGUGUUGUCACCUUUAGGAAACAUUCUCUAACGGCCACAAUUAAAACGAGGACACAAAAAGCUGUAAAGAUGGUGAUCAGAUGUAUUCAGACAAUGAAAUGUGGAAGCCUGAUCCGUGUAGAAUGUGUGUAUGUGAUAAUGGACAUGUGAUCUGUGAGGAGAUCCUCUGUGAGAAUCUGAAGGCAUGUGAACACUUCAUCACACCGGACGGAGAGUGCUGUCCCGUGUGUCAAACCUUUGCCAGCGCCCGUGGAAGAUUCGAAAGGUUUGUGUCAAAGGGCCAAAAAGGGGAACCUGGUGACAUUCCUAAUAUUGUAGGAGUGCCUGGGCGUCCUGGACCAAUGGGUCCUUCAGGAGCAGACGGCCGUGCAGGAUAUCCAGGGAUCAAAGGAAGACGAGGUGUCUCAGGUCCACCUGGUUUUGAUGGGGAACCGGGUGUCCCAGGUAUGCCAGGUCAGCCCGGACCACUCGGCACGUCACUUCCAGGGAAUCAGUUUGCGUCUCAGAUGGCUUCUGGAUUCCAGGAUGGAAAGCAUGGAUUGGCAGGGUUGGUCUCUGGAGCACCUGGUGAAGCAGGACAGAGAGGUCAUCCGGGUCCAGCAGGUCCACCUGGUCCGACGGGAGCUCAGGGUGCUCCAGGAGACAUGGGUGAACCCGGGCCUAUGGGCUCUUACGGGCCGAGGGGACCUGAUGGUCCUGCGGGGAAACCGGGACUUGAUGGCGAGCCAGGACCAUCUGGAAAUACAGGAGAACGAGGAUUCCCCGGCUCUCAGGGCCCCCGAGGGUUUCCAGGGUUACCAGGUCAUUCGGGAAUGAAAGGUGAAAGGGGUCACCCAGGUGUGCAGGGUGUGAAAGGAGAGCCGGGUACUGUGGGGUCAAAGGGAGGAUCAGGAUCUCCUGGUGCCAUGGGGCUUAUGGGUCCUCCGGGUCCCAUCGGUGUGACGGGCGAGAGAGGACGCAUUGGCCCAACAGGACCUGUGGGAAAGCGUGGUCCUUCAGGAAAUGUAGGAAAACCAGGUCCCUUGGGACCGAUGGGAAUUUCUGGAGCUCCUGGAUUUCCGGGUAGUCCAGGCAUGAAGGGUGAGGCGGGAGCGACAGGACCUCGAGGACCCAGUGGACUCCAGGGCUCUAGAGGAGAAGGAGGACGACAGGGAUCACCUGGAUCACCGGGAACUCAGGGGCCAAUGGGAACAGACGGUGCUCCCGGAUCUAAAGGGCCAUCGGGUGUUACAGGUGUACAGGGUCCCGCUGGACUGAUUGGACCGCCUGGUUCACCUGGACCUCAAGGAUCAACUGGUCUUUCAGGAGCCAAAGGCCAACUGGGAGAUUUGGGGAUUCCUGGAUUGAAAGGAGAUCUGGGAGCUAAAGGAGAACCUGGUCCACCUGGAGCUCAAGGUGAAAUGGGGCCGAUGGGAGAAGAAGGAAAGAGAGGACCAAGAGGAGACGCCGGAGCUGUGGGAUCCCAGGGUCCUUCUGGAGAACGGGGAGCUUCAGGUAACCGAGGCUUUCCAGGAGCUGAUGGUUUGCCAGGACAAAAGGGAGCUCAGGGUGAACGUGGUGUUCUGGGCUCAUCGGGACUCAAAGGUGGAGUUGGAGAUCCAGGUCGAAGCGGUGAAACAGGAAUCCCAGGAGCAAGGGGUCUGACUGGCGUGCUGGGAAUGGAAGGACCAGAGGGAAAGAUCGGACCACAGGGAGGAUUGGGGGAUGAUGGGAAUCCCGGUCCAGCCGGGUCAACUGGUACCAGAGGAGCAGCAGGACCUAUGGGUCUGCCCGGACCUAAAGGCUUCAGUGGUGAUCCAGGGAAAGCUGGAGAGGCGGGAUCAGCCGGAGCUCUGGGACAGAGAGGACCCAAUGGAAAAGAGGGAGAAGAAGGUCCAUCGGGAACUGCAGGACCUGCUGGAGGAGCAGGAAAGAGAGGAGAGCAGGGACCUCCCGGACUAAAUGGAUUUCAGGGUUUGCCCGGACCCUCAGGCCCACCAGGAGAGUCAGGAAAACCAGGCGACGGGGGUGUUCAGGGUGAGGCGGGAGGUGCGGGGCUCACAGGACCACGAGGCGAGCGAGGAACACAUGGAGAGAGAGGUGAACCAGGACCUAAUGGACUGCCAGGACCUAAAGGAAGCUCGGGAACCCCUGGACCUGAUGGUCUCAAGGGUAAAGCAGGUCCAGCUGGAGGUGUAGGAGAAGCAGGACCACCGGGUCUUCAGGGUAUGCCAGGAGAGAGAGGGAUAACCGGACCGCUCGGGCCAAAAGGAGAAAGAGGUGCGGCGGGUGACAGUGGGACUGAAGGAGCUGCUGGCAGCGAUGGGACUCGAGGAUUGCCUGGACCUGUUGGACCCGUAGGAGCUGCUGGGCUGUCUGGAGAGAAGGGAGAACAAGGCCUGCGGGGUCCUGCUGGAUCUCCAGGAUCAAGAGCGAUGCCUGGCUCACGAGGUGAACUGGGUCCUACUGGUCCUGUUGGCUUUCCUGGACCUCCUGGUCCUGACGGUCAACCGGGUGUUAAAGGUGAAAUUGGAGAGAUGGGUGGGAAGGGAGAGGCGGGCUCACCAGGACCUCGGGGAAUGGCAGGAAAACCUGGACCUCAGGCAGGGGCUGGUAUUACAGGCCUCAAAGGAGGAAGAGGAACUCAAGGAGCUUCUGGUCCCAGUGGAUUUCCAGGUUCCCCAGGACGUGUUGGCCCAGCGGGCUCUGCUGGUCCAGAGGGUGAGUCUGGUCCUAUUGGUGAUCCGGGUAAGCAGGGUCCACCUGGGAUUCGGGGAGAGGCCGGAGGUCCUGGACGACAGGGGGAACAUGGAAACCCAGGACCUGCCGGUGGUCCUGGAGACAAAGGAGAAUCAGGAGAUGAUGGACUACCAGGUCCAGAUGGACCUCCAGGCCCUGCAGGAACUCCAGGACAGAGGGGGAUCGUGGGUCUUCCUGGAAUGAGAGCAGAACGUGGUGGGACCGGCCUUCCAGGACCUGCGGGUUCACCAGGUAAAGCUGGCACACCAGGUCCUCAGGGAAGUAAAGGCGGUAUCGGACCCAUCGGGUUACCAGGUGCAUCUGGACCCCGUGGAGAUGCUGGCCCAGACGGUCUGCCGGGAGCUGAUGGAACAUCAGGAGCUGAUGGCAUCCUCGGAGUCAGAGGUGAUAGAGGAGAUCCAGGACCUCAGGGUCUCGCGGGUGGACAGGGAGCACCGGGAACCCAAGGACCUGUCGGAGCUCCAGGAGGUCCCGGACAGAGAGGAGAUCAGGGUCUAAGAGGUCCACCCGGUCCUGAUGGUCCAGAUGGAACCAGAGGGAAAAAAGGACCGCAAGGACCUUCAGGAGAUCUAGGUGAGAAAGGAGACGCAGGUGAGAGAGGUCAGAAGGGUCACCGUGGCUUCACUGGACUUCAGGGUCUGCCUGGAGCAUCAGGAGCUCCAGGUGAUGAUGGUGCUGUGGGAAUCAUAGGACCCAGCGGACAAAGAGGACCACCCGGGCCUAGUGGACCGCUGGGAAAAGAGGGUGAUACAGGUCCACCUGGAGCAUUGGGAGCUCCUGGAUCUCGAGGUGAUGCUGGAGAAUUUGGACCAGAGGGACCUCCUGGAGAACCCGGCCCACCUGGACCUCCCGGUCCCCCCGGCCCCCCCACUGCCGCUUCAGAUGACCUUUUCGGUGCAAACUUUGAAUACGACGGCAACUCAGAUCCAGAGAACCCCCCACCUCCCCCGCCGGAGUUCAAUGAGGAUGAAGCGAAACCCAAUAACGGCUCUGAUGCGGCUCGGGCCGACGGCGAGGUUCACUUGUCGCUCAAGAGUCUGGGAAGUCAGCUGGACAACAUGCGCAGUCCAGACGGCAGUCGGCAGUAUCCGGCCCGCACGUGUCAGGAUCUUAAACAGUGUUAUCCUCUGAAGAAGAGCGGUCAGUAUUGGAUCGAUCCGAACGAGGGCAGCAUUAGAGAUGCCAUUCAGGUCUACUGUAACAUGGAAAUGGGUGAGACCUGUAUACCCGCCAACCCUGCCAGCAUCCCACGCAAGAACUGGUGGACUUCAUCAUCCAGCACACAGAAGCCAGUCUGGUACGGAGCGACCAUGAACCGAGGAAGCCGGUUUUCAUAUGGCGGUGAGGACACGUCUGUUAAAACCGUGUCGGUACAGCUGAGAUUCCUCCGGCUCCUGUCUAAAGAAGCAGCACAGAGCAUCACUUAUCACUGUAAGAACAGCGUGGCUUAUAAAGAUGAGACGAGCAGCAAUCUGAAGAAAGCUUUGAUCCUGAAGUCCUCUGACGGACAAGACAUCAAAGCUUUCAACCCCAACAACCGUCUCAAAUACAGCGUGACAGAGGACGGAUGCUCCAAAUCUAGCGGUGUGUGGGGUAAGACCGUCUUCCAGUUCCGCACACAAACUCUUUCACGACUGCCGCUCGUGGAUUUGGCUCCGGUGGAUGUUGGUGGUAAAGACCAGGAGUUCGGUGUGGAUAUCGGCCCAGUGUGCUUCUCAUGAAACCCGUCUGGACUUGAGACAGUAUUUAUUGUUCAAGACGUCCGUAAGAACCUUAAGGAGUGUCUGACCUUUAUUUGAUGAUGAAGUGCACGAGAGACGCUGUACAGACACUUUAAUUUAUACUUUGUACACCACAUGAUGUUCAAAGAAUGGAGAACAUUUAUAUCCGUCUAAUCUGUGUGAUGUUUUGUUAAUGUUUUUUACGUUAGUCUCUUUGGAAAUUGUAACUAAUGGUUAAGUGGAUCCGGAUGACUGUGAUGAAGGUUUGUUUAUGUAGAUUUCAUUCUGGGAGAAAUGUAAGUGUUCAAUUCCCUGAAAGUUUCCUGCGUGCUUUGAUUUACUGAACACCGUUGACAGCAAACCAUUUGUCAGGUGAUUUAUUUACAUGUUCUCACAGAAAUAAAUAUCAUUAAAUGA